AUGGACAGCACAUUUGGCCCUGCUGCUCCAGCUGAAGCUCCUGCUGCUCCAGAAGGAGGUGGAGGUAACGGAGCUCUUCCACCGGUUGUCUGCCCCCGCUACGCAGAAGAAGUCCUCAAAAGUGUGGUCCAGAGGUUAAGAGAGAGGAAUGAGUUGCUCAAAGUGAAAGUCAUCGACCCGUACGCCACAUCUCCAGAAAUCACCCCGCCUGUCACACCGGUUCUAAAGAAGGACGACUACAUUAGGAUGAAGGAGGAGGAGCAGAGAGCAAAAGAGGAGGAAGACAGGAGAAGAGCAGAGGAAGCAGCCAGGAAGGCAGAGGAGAAGAAGAAGAAGGACGAGGAGAAGCGUCUGGAGGCCGAGCGGAAAGCAGAGGAGGAGAGGCUGGCUGAGGAGGUCAGGAAGAAGGCCAGGAUCUUCCCAGAGAUCAGCUGCUCCUGCUUCGACCUCCUCCUCCAGCCCGUCGAGGAGAAGAUGGACGCCGUUCUGGGAAGCACCAUCGAUCCUUUCACAGAUCGUCGCUACAUCGCCUGGUUAGCCGUUGUCGCCGUGGCCUACAACUACAACAUUUGGCUCUGUCCGGCCCGGCUGGCCUUCCCUUGCCACGGCAGAACCGCCAACCCAUUCUGGAUCUUUUUCGACGUUCUCUGUGAUGUCGUGAACGUUGUGGACAUCGUGGUUUGGCAGCCUCGGCUGCAGUUCGUCAAAGGUGGAGACAUAAUCAAAGACAGAGCUCUGACUAAACCGCAUUAUCGAAAGUCCAACAGAUUCAAGACGGAUAUAUUCAGCAUCGUCCCGUUUGAUCUCCUCAGUCUGCACUUUGGGUUUUCCUCCGUGUACCGACUGAACCGCUUCGUCAGGAUCGACUCGUUCUUCGAGUUCAGCGACCGUCUCGAGAGCGUCAUGGACAAAGCUUACAUCUGGAGAGUGUUCCGGACCACAGGCUACCUGCUCUACAUACUCCAUCUCAACGCUUGUGCCUUCUACGUCGCCUCGGUGUACCAGGGCCUCGCUUCAACCACGUGGGUCUACGAUGGAAAAGGAACAGCGUAUCUGCGCUGUUAUUACUUCGCAGUUCGUAGUCUUAUCAACAUCGGCGGCCUUCCAGAACCCGUAACUCUCUUUGAGAUCGUCUUUCAGAUGACCAACUUCUUCGUUGGUGUCUUUGUGUUCUCCAGUCUCAUUGGACAGAUGAGGGACGUCAUAGGAGCAGCGACGGCAGCUCAGACGUACUUCCGGGCAUCGAUGGACGAAUGCGUUGCCUACAUGAACACUUACACCAUCCCAAAGAUGGUCCAGAACAGGGUCCGGACCUGGUACAACUACACCUGGGCUUCUCAGGGAAUGCUAGAUGAGUCUGAGCUCCUGGACAAGAUGCCUCUGGUGAUGAGAAUUGCCAUUGCUGUGGACAUAAACCUGACCACGUUCCAGAAGAUUGCACUGUUUCAGGGCUGUGACCAGCAGAUGCUGGUGGACAUGCUACUGAGACUCAAGUCCAUCAUCUACCUCCCCGGAGACUUUGUUGUUAAGAAGGGGGACAUCGGUAAGGAGAUGUACAUCAUCAAGAGCGGAGCGGUUCAGGUGGUGGGAGGACCCGACAACAGCACAGUGUUUGUUACGCUGAAGGCCGGCUGCGUGUUCGGAGAAAUCAGUUUGCUCCAGUCGGCUAAAGACGGUGGAAACAGGCGCACGGCUAACGUGAAAGCCUACGGCUUCGCAAAUCUCUUUGUCCUGGAAAAGAAGGACCUGUUCGACAUCCUGGUCCACUACCCGGAGUCCCAGAAGGUUCUGGCCAAGAAGGGCAGGCAGCUGAUGAAGUCCAAAGCUGCAACGGGAGCUCAAGCCAAACAGGAGAAGCAGAAAGGUCUCGCGCUGUUCGGACAAAAACCUCCGACGCCGAAGCUCCUCAAAGCCUUCGUCAACCUCCGCAAAGGAGGCCUCCUCGACAAACUCAAGGUAGGAUCAUCGCCGAGCUCAUCGAGGUUUGAGUCAACUCAAAUGUUGCUCUAAUCUUCUCAUCCGUUCACAGAAAAGUGCCGAGGCGG